AUGAACCACCCCAAAUCACAACUAAGGUAAGGUAAUCUACAUACUGCAUAGUCUAAUAUGGACAUCCAAGGUACAGCACCAAGUGAUAUAAUAAUAAGGCGACACGUUAAAUAGAAGAUUGCAUGAUAUUGUUAAAUUUGAUUUCGAUCCAACGCAACGUCUUCAAAAGAGGGGGCUAUAUUGAGCCCCUUCUUUUUUUUUUUGGCACAUUCAUCAUUGUGACGUCGGUGGAAUGCAAGACACAGUAUUUCCUGAGUCUUUCCUGGGUUUUAAGUCAUGCGCCAGUCAUGGUAGCAGCAACUAUUCACUCAUUAUGUUCACAUUGCUGGUCUCAGAGAAUAGAGCACGAUCCCACUGAUCCGGUUUUUGGAAGGUCACAAGUUUUGAAUUUUCUCAGGGACUUGAGAUUUUGUGCAACGCUAUUGACAAGAGUAAAAUUUUCCAUUUCCUUCAUUUACUACCAACCUGUACGCUCUUGACAAUGCUGAUCCUAGUAGCAUACAGAACGCUUGUAACAUAUGAAAUGAGUUUGCUCUUCACGAGUCUGGCUUCUGUCUCUCCGUAGCUCGUAAGAAUGUGCCGGAUAAAGAGAGCCAACCCGGUACUUGGAAGAUAUUAGGUUCGAAUCCUGUUGGAGACUCUUAAGGACUUUUUCUUUGUCCUUCACUCAUGACAUGACGAAAACUACAUGACUCCCACAGACUUUCUUCAAAAUGUUCACAGUACAUUAUGUUGUUACUGGCUCGUAGAAACUUGUUAAAGUGCUUAUGUGCUCUGGAUUUUGUCCCUGAUUCGCUCGGAUAAAACCGACUUGUUACUGUGGCUUAAUUUGCAACAGCUUUGAUGUCUUCUACAAAAAUACAAUUAUAAAGGAAAUUUAUCUUAUUCUGCAGUGUACAAUAGCUUUAGAAUUGUUUCUUUGUUGUCUUGACUUAAAUUCGAAAUCUGACUUACUUUUCGAAUAUCUUUUUUGAUAGGGUAUACAUGAUGAAAGUAUUUUUCAUCUUAAUUUGCAUUACCCCUCCCAUUAGUCUUUUACUGAUAAGGGAAGACAUGCGCCGUUCAUCUACUGUAAGUACCAAGGAUAAUCACGUGCUCAGAGGAUACACCAUUCACAAACAGCGGACUUAUGACCUCCUGUCAUGCGCACAAUUAUGUUUGGCACGGUCAAACUGCAUGUCUUUUAAUUACGAAAACAUUGAAAAUGGAGAUUGUGAACUAAAUAAAGAAGCAACUGAUGCGAGUAUCCACGGAGCUCUCACCACUCAAAGGGGGUAUACCUUUGGACAGUUUGUCAACUUAAGCGUGAGUAGUACUUAAUGCUAUUAUUAAAUUCAACCCUCGUUUUGGGAUUUCUGUUUUUGAUUCCGACUCCAACCCCACCCCGCCCCCCCAAAUAACUUAAAUUGAAUAAAUGACCCCUCACGUAAAACACAUACACUGAUUGAAUGCGUUUUGCUUGUUUUCCGCCUUUCCUGGGCAGAGACCUGACCAGUGGGGAUGAGCAAGAAUACAGCCUGCUAGCAAGCUAUGCUCCACCCUACGCAGCAAUCUUUCAAUCUUUAUCUCGAUUAGUCCAACUCACCUAGAUUGACAAAUGUAGGCAAACUCUCCUACGUCCUCCAUGAAACGUGAAAUUUGGCCCAUUUUAACGCCGUAACCGUGCGGUGUCGGCAAAGAAAUGUACCAAAAAGCAUGAUGCAUGUGCAGAGUUGUUGGUUUGUUAUUAAACCUAUUGCUUAAUGGUCGUCGCCGUUCUCGUUGCCGUCACCGUCGUCAGAUCUUAAGUCCCCAAGGGAAGUAAUGUUCAGAAGAGAAAUAACACAAAAUUGAGCUGCAUUUCAUAUCCUUUUUAGGAGCCAGUAUUUUCAGCCGGAGGAAAACACGAUGGUAAGAUAAGAGCAACGUAGGUGUUAAUUUACUGAGUUUGCUUCAGGACUGAGAAGAUUUGACCACCAGCCGAGUUAUUUAAUUUAUAACAUUUUUUUUCCAGACCAUAAAUAUGUCUUUACGACACUUGACGCCAAAAAAGAAACUGGACCGAGUGAUAUAUCUGGAUAUGUAGGAACGUCCCUGGAAGGAAAAGUUACUUUAAACAACGGAAUCCAAAUUUGGACUGUGCCCAUGACUGGAACUUACGUUAUUGAAGCAUCAGGUGGUUCUGGGGGAAAUGGUACCUACGGAACACAAUCUUAUCCGCUUCCUUGGAGGCUUGGUGGCUUAGGUGCAAAGAUAAUGGGAUCUUUCAAGCUUUCCCGAGGAACUCAAAUCAAAAUCCUAGUCGGACAGGAGGGUGGUGCAACUGUAAGCUUCCCUGAUAGACCAGGGGGAGGGGGUGGUGGAACGUUUGUAACCCUGUCUGAUAACACUCCACUUAUAAUUGCCGGAGGGGGAGGGGGAGGAGCAACAGCACGUAACCAAUAUACCGACGGUGACCCAGGUCAGGCGACAGCGAAUGGGACUCAAUGUGGAGGAACACGGGGCAGUGGGGGACACGUCUGCAAUGCUGACACAGGGAACAGUGAUUCUAAUUUAAGGUCUGGAGCAGGAGCAGGACUAAGUGGGGAUGGGAAAGGCGGUGUUGCAUUUGCAACAAAGGCGUUGAGUUUUACCAACGGGGGAACUGGGGGAACAUGUCCAGUUUUCCAUGGUGGUUUUGGCGGAGGUGGGUUUGCUAUGGUUAAUGGAGGGGGGGGGGGAGGUUAUUCUGGUGGGGGAGUAGUGGGAACUCAAACUAAAGGUACCGCUGGGGGAGGGGGAUCAGAUAAUAACGGUACAGAUCAGAAGAACAUGGAGGGGGUCAACAAAGGCGAUGGUGAAGUUAUAAUAACUUUGAUGCGUUAAUGCCAUUUACGUUCCUGGUCAGAUUUCCAUCCAAUAGAAAGUGGGCUAGCUUAAUGUUUAAGUAAAUAAAAGAACUAAUGUUAAGGGGGCAAGACACAGGAAUUUUUUUUAUAAAGCCGAAAAAGUUCAAUAACGCACAUAAGUACAUCACUUAAUCGUCCUCUACUUUAAUUGCAAAAUAUAUUACUUAAAACCAUUCGUCUAAAAAUGUGGUACUUUUUAUCAACCUUGCAGGUUAAAAAAAAUGAGAUAUACUUUAACAUCUAGAGCAUCAUGUUGCACAAGACGACGAGUUUUAUGGUAAUUAAUGUCUAUAUUAUUACUGACCGCGAGUUACGCAUUUCAUUCCCGGGAUUUCAUUAUUCAUAGUUUGUCUACACAAAGAAAUUGAUGAUGGCUUCGCAUUUCUCCUGUUUGCCAGAUAUAAGCUCUGGUUCCCCAUGUUCCAAGACGUAAGCCUAGCAAAGAAAAAUCCAUAUAGACUAUUAGGAUCACCAACAGCCAAGCCUCCCGUAAGCGACCAUCCAAGCAAAAUGCGACGAUCUAGUGGUCGCUUACGAGAAUCGAACCACAAGGGAUUCCUUUCUACCAGAGGACCGAACACAUCUACAUUUUGGGAGAGAAUUCACUGCAUGUAAACACUAAGUUAUGGUAUGUGUCGUUUCAUGAUGUCAUAUCGCGCACUUUGUUACCAUUUUCUUUAUUGUUUCGCGCACUUCUCUGUGACGGCCUUUCAAAUUUGCCGCCGGCUUUAGGACAAAGUUCCUGUAUAUGUCGCAUCAAUCUGGGCGAUGCAUCGCAUUCUCUUAGUAGUGAGGUACAUACAACGAACAUAGAGAUCAAGCUACGCCUUACGUGGUCGCUCUUACUCGCCUGCUUUAUGCUCGUACGGAAACGCUUCUUGUGCAUUCUAGACCAAGUAAGUCGCUUACGAGAAUCGAACUUUAGGGUUUCCCCUCAUAGACGAGGUUCGAGGCUGCAACGGUAGUGAUUUCACUGGAAAAAGUUUGGUGUUUUGGAUCUAAGAGGUCGCUAUGGGAGGUGGUCGCUGAGAAUAACCUUUGGUUAACAACACCUUUAAGAUGAAUUUAUGGUUACCGCCUGUAAUUAGCUAUUUCUGUUGUUUGGCGAAUUGAUAGGUUAUUUACUCUGUUCACGUCUUUUUUAUUUUUUUCAGACCAUAAAUAUGUCUUUACGACACUGGGUGCCAGACGAGAAACUGGACCGACUGAUAUAUCUGAAUAUGCAGGAACGUCACUGGAAGAAAAAGUUACUUUAAACAACGGAAUCCAAAUUUGGACUGUACCCGUGACUGGAACUUACGUUAUUGAAGCAUCAGGUGCUUCUGGCGGAAAUGGUACCGACGGAACACAAUCUUAUCCGCUUUCUUGGACGCUUGGUGGCUUAGGCGGGAAGAUAAUAGGAUCCUUCAAACUUUCACUAGGAACUCAACUGAAAAUCUUGGUUGGACAGGAGGGUAGUACAUCUUCAAGCUUUCCUGAUAGGCCGGGGGAGGGGGUGGUGGAACGUUUGUAA